GAGCGAGCUGCGGAGUGGGUGGGGCGGUUGUAACGUAAGCGCUCCCCCUCCUCUCCUGAGGAGGUUCCGGGUGGACUGUCUCCCAUAUUCUCCCUCCCUCCCUGUAGCAAGGGGCGGGCCCCGCGCCGGGGCCCAUGUGCCGUGGCCGGCGCGGCCCAGCAGGAAGCGUGGGCAGCUGGUGCCCGGAGGCCCGAGAGUCUCUGCGCUCUGGCGCGUUUGGCAGUGGGAAAUGACUACACCUAACAAGACACCACCGGGUGCUGAUCCCAAGCAGUUGGAAAGGACUGGUACUGUUCGGGAAAUAGGCUCUCAAGCUGUUUGGUCCCUUUCAUCCUGUAAGCCAGGCUUCGGCGUGGACCAGUUACGAGAUGAUAAUCUAGAAACUUACUGGCAAUCUGAUGGGUCACAACCUCAUUUGGUGAACAUCCAGUUUAGAAGAAAAACAACGGUGAAGACAUUGUGUAUUUAUGCAGACUACAAAUCUGAUGAAAGCUACACCCCAAGCAAGAUCUCUGUCAGAGUAGGAAAUAACUUCCACAACCUUCAGGAAAUCCGGCAACUUGAAUUAGUGGAACCGAGUGGUUGGAUUCAUGUUCCUUUAACUGAUUCUCAUAAGAAGCCUAUUCGAACAUUUAUGAUUCAGAUUGCUGUUUUAGCCAAUCAUCAGAAUGGAAGAGACACUCACAUGAGACAAAUUAAAGUGUACACCCCAGUGGAAGAAAGCUCUAUUGGUAAAUUUCCUAGAUGUACAACAAUUGAUUUCAUGAUGUAUCGCUCUAUAAGAUGAAUCAUCUUAUGAAGAAACAAUUAAAGUGAUUUUGUCAUCAGUUUUGUUUCAAAUAUCUUUUCCGGUUAAAUUGACAGGUCUCAUUCUUGUGGAAUUCUCUAUAUAUACUUUAAGUUUUUUGUGUGUAACUUUAAUCCGUUUUGAGUUGCACUGUUUUUUGAUUUCUAAUCUGCUUUCGAUAGUCACAUUUUCUGUUAAUUGUAUUUACAAAGGCUGUAGGAGUUUUUUAGAUUUUCAGAAGAUGUAUUAAAGAACUUUCUCCUUUCAUUUGCUAUGAAAUGGAUAAUCGUGGUGCACGUAACAUGUAUAUUCUUUUUUUCCAGGUGGUUUCUCCAUUUGUUGAUAAUGCAUUAGAAUACUUCAUUGUAUGACUUCAUAUUUUGGUUGGGUCAGUCCAAAAAAGCUGUAUUUUUAAUUAGGUGUAUUUUUAAUGGAUUAUUACUACUGUAUUUUUCUCUUGGUACAGGAUGUACAUUCUUUUAAGAGGGUUCUUUGUGUCUUUGAAAGGACUUCACUGUGGUAUUGUGCAUGUCUUGUUUCUGGUGAGAAAUGUAUUUAACUGAGUUUUUAUUCUAAUAGGUCUCGAUGUAGGUUUCAUUUUUCUGUAUAACUGAAAAAGAAUUGAUAAUCUAGAAGGAAAGUGAAUAUUUCUAACUGUAUUUUAUAUUGUCCUGUCUUUACAGAUAUAACGUAACCAUUACAUCAUUCUAAUGUAACAACAGACAUGCCAGGAAUGCACAGGCAACAUUCCUUAGCAUUGCUUCCUGGCACCCUUUGAAGUCCCAUGGAUCACAUAAAAUAGUAGGAAUUCAAAUAAAAAUCUGUAUAAGUCUGAGCAAUGUUAUACUUAAGUUAUGGAGUUUCUUAGAAGAAAAAAGAUAAGCCAUUUUGAAAUACAAAACGCCACAAGGCAAACGAGAAACUUGUGCAUGGCCUACUUAUAACUAAUGGAAGCAUGUAAUCUUGUUUUUAAAAUUUUUUUUUUGCAUUGUUAUUGUUUGGUGGUUACAUUGUGAUUAAAAAAAAAGGAGACCAGAAAACUAACAAUCUUCCUUUUAAAAUCCGAUAUAUAUGGGUUGAAUUUUUAAAAGCGGUCAUCAUUUAUCCACCUCCAUCCAUCCCUCCAAAAAAAAAAAAAUAGAACACACAGGUAAAUUCCUAUUGAUUGCAAUGGGAGCAAAAUUAGGACAAAACAUUUGAAAAUCACACUGCAAAUUAAAAUUAAAUUGGGAAGCAUGGGCAAGGCCAUGUGAGAAGAGACUAAGAAAAUAUGGGUGAAGACUAGAGGAAAGAAGGCACAGGAGUGAAGGGAGCAGGGAGGUAAAACAAAGGAGGAUCAGAAAUGUAACACUGAGAUCAGUUUUAUGUAACUGUAUAUUACAUUAAAUGUGCUACCAUAAAAGUGCAAAUUAACCUCUGGUUGAACUCUGCUGCCUUUAGAGCAGUAACAUUAGGAAUGAAUUUUCCCCAUUACGGACCUGAUCCCAAGCCCACUAAAAUCAGUGGAAAGAUACCCAUUGAUUUCAGUGGGUUUUGGAUUAGACCUAAGGUCUAUAAUUCCACUUGUGGGUUCUGAUGUUCCUAAAAUAUCUUGACAAAAUUAUAGCCUUUUGUAUGGAGGGCAGCUCGGUAUUCUUGUUGAUAACUGUUUUUCCCUUUUGCCGUUGUCUUAUACAAAAUACAUUUUCUUUUCUGAGAACAAUAACUCCCAAAGGUUAGUGUGGGACUCAAAACAGGGCUUUUAUGUGCUUUAUCUUACUGCAAACACGUACUAUGGAUUUUGGUGCAAACUGCUAUGGGUAGUCCUUUUGAUUUCAUGCUUCAUAGUAGGUGUUUGUUUGCAGGAGACGGCCACUUUAAAAUAUGCAGUCCCUUACAUAGGGAUACUUUCUUCUUCUGUGAUAUAUAUAGCUCUUUACUCAACAAAUAAUGAUAGGCGAGAGGCAUGCUUGUUGAAAAUCAAAAGAAUCUAAUAUCCCAAAGGAUGAAAUGGACAGUAAUUUAGAAACACCAGAUUGGCAUGUUCCUACCCCAGUCCUGAAUUCAGGCUACUAUUCCUACUAAAGAACCCACCUAUUGUUCACAACCAUAAGUCCCGUCAGUUAUUUGGUAGUAGAUUGGAUGCAAACCAUGGACAAAGAAAAGAAAAUUAUUAUAUUGACUUCAGGAGAAAACUGGUUUGGCCAAAGAUAAAACUCCCAUUCAUUUCAGUGGUAGGUAGAUGAGGUACUAUUGUCAUUCACCAAGUUUCAGCCAGUGACAUAGAUUACAUUUAGUGUCAAAUACUUGCUCUGCACCCCUGUUCAGUUCAAUAUAUCAAAGAUGCCAAAUAUACUGUGGGAUGCAACAUACUUUUUUCUUUCCAUUUUCUUAUUCUACAGAUUACUUUUUCUCUCACAGAUUAGGCAAACUUAUCCAGUUAUUUUAUGAACAGUUAAUUAAUAGUUGUCGAGAGAGGUAUAUAUUUAUUAAAAAUGCACUGCCCUUAAAAUAUUUCAUAAACUCUUGAAAAAAAUUUAUGGAAAAUAAAUUAGAGUGCAGAAUGCAUCCUUACUAUGUGCUAUAAAGCUACCCUUCUUGGCCUCACAGCUCCUUUAAAGGUAAUCAUGAACACGUAUUCUGCAGCACUUACAGUUCCUUAGCUUCAGGAAACUUCCUUUGCAGCAUUCUGCCGUGUAUUAUAGUCAUACCAAGUUAUGUUUUAUUACGUACAUCAUUAACAUAUAUCUUUCCCCACUCUUAAUUCCCGUUCAAAAAGGGACAAAUCCUGAAAAUCAGCACUGACUCUAUAAAUCAUCCCCAUGGAUUGUAGAGCAACUUCGUGGCUGCAAGUGAACACUAUGAUGAGCCUGGAUGAGAUAUGGGUGAGAUUUUUCAAAGGUGUCUAAGUGAACUACGAACUAAGUUCCAGUGAAACUCAGUGGGACUUGUGCUCCUAACUAGCACACUUUUGAAAAUCAGACCCUUCUGGCUUUAGGCUGCAGAAGCUUGUGUUCCUGCUCAACAGAAGGCAGUGACCAAUAGACUCUGUAGUAUUAAAUCUAACAGCCCAGUCCUGUUCCAUAUGCUCUUGCAUUGCCACAGCCAGACAUGUACUUGGAGCUGCAGAGGGUUAGCCAUGGUUCCAUGCCACGUAGGUGGCAGGAUUUGCCCCCACAGCGGAAAACUUUUAUUCAUGCAACAGUGGAAUGGGGCAUCAGCCUUGGUGUCUUAGCCAGAUUCCAACUUUGUUGAGUAUGCUGCCACCAGGGUGGAUUUGAUUUAAAUCACUAGUCAGGAAGACUUGAUUUAAUCAUGGAUUUCUACAUAAAAGUGCAUUCUUGUUGGUUGUUAUAACCUUAAUACAUAUUCUUCACAACUCAGAGAUAGAUGUAGGUUUCAUUUUUAGAAGGUACACACUAUACAUUUUUUCAGUGAUUUAUUUUGAAAACUUUUCAGAUUAGUUUUACAGCUAUAUCAGAAAAUAAAUGAUUGUUAGUUAUUUCAUUUACCAAAGUAAUUGAAGCAGAUAUUUAUGAAGUCAUUGGGAGGUGAACUAUCUCCAAUUCAACAGAUUAAUCUUUAAUAUUUGGAGGAUUUUCUUGCCAUGCUGUAUUAGGAGGGGAACAUCACCAGACAGACAUUUAAAUUGUUUUAUUUAACUAAAACAAUGUUAUGUAUUCUAGAUUUUUUUCUUCAACACCAAACAUAAUAUUUUAACAAAACAAGCAUAUGAAUUUUUGAAUUUAGUUAAACAUUCAAGUUUUUUAAAAUCAGGUUUGUUUUUGUUAAAAUUCAGGGUAUUCAGCAUGUGUUCAACAUGUCUCUUAAGCCCAAUGUUGAGAACUUUGGCUGUGACAGUACCAUCUGUUUUUUCACAAUUUUGUUCACAAACUGUCAUCAGAUUAGGCCAGUUCUUGAUAUAGUGCUCAAACCAGUCCACUGCUGAGUUCUAUUGCAUGUCUUGUGGGAGAGUUAGCUUGGUUCCUCCCACUUUUUUCAGAGCAGCUGCUGAAAAGUGGUAGUUACGGAAGUAUUUUGCAAUUUCAACAACAUUAGCCUUUAUUUCUGGAACACCGAAGUCGUUGGCUAGGAGGUGCAUCAAAUGAGCACUGCAACCAUAUGUUAUUAGCUAGGGACUCUCUUCUAAAUUUCUUAUCUUGGAUACAUUUGCAGCAUUGUCUGUGACCUAGCUGCGUACUAGACAUUUGAAUUUUUUUUCAGUUUGUUAUAGCUUUUACUGCUACUUCUUGUAAGUAUUCUGCUGUGUGUGCAUUUCCUGCUGCAUCAAUUGUUUCUGUAAGGUAGACAUUCCCUUCUUCUGUUGUCACACAAGCACAUACAACAGGAUCAUGGUGGACAUUACUCCACCCAUCAAGACUCAAGUUAACAAUUUCACCUUCUAGACCUUUUUGCACACUGCUCAAUUUCUUUCAUACACUUUAUCUAGUAAUUUGACUGAGACACCUGGUCUGUUGGGUGGACUGUAUCCUGGUCUUAAUGACCGAACCAUGUUAAUGAAGUGUGGGUUCUCAAUCAUACGGAAAGGAGAGUUUGUUGCAUAAACAAACUGGGCAAUUUUUUCAUCAGCUACCUCUUUUUGUAAUCUGCUGGUUCUUAUCACAAACUUGAGGUGCCACAAGUACUCGCACAUUUUUUUUGCUGAUACAGACAAACCCGGCUAUGACUCUGAAACCUGUUAUCCACGGUUGUUUCUGGAUGAUGGAGAUUUUUUUUUCUUUUUGCUACAGGAGAUACACUGGGGCUAUUAGACAUACAGGAUGUGACUGAAACACUAUCAUUGGCAGAUAACUCUGAAACUAUAGAAAAUGGUGAUCUUGAAGGUGGAUAGUCUUCAGAAUCCUGUAUGUUGAGGAUGGAUUCUCCUAAACAAAAUAAGUCAAUGCAAUUAUUUUAAUUAUUCUUACCAUACUGCUCAUUUAGUGUUACUCAUUGCAUUCCCUGACACUCAGUACUACUUUAAAGGUGAAAUUGUAAAAGGAAAAUCUGCCUAUUUCAGCUAUUUAUUUUUUAUCACAACUGCAUCUAAAAUGAUAGUACCAUAGAGUAACAACUAUAUUUUUUGCUCAAAUGUAAGAAUUCAAGAAUAGUCCAGAAGGAAGACAGGCAGUCCUUAAGAAAGACGUAUGAAAGAAAAAAGUUUACCAACCUGAAGAUCCUGCAUGUUCAGACAUGUUCCUUUCAUCAUCUUUUCAACGUAGCUUCCUCCUGAGAAGGAUCACUUCUCCUGAUGUUGUUUCAUUCGGGCGAUCAGGCCUUGCAUUUCUUUGUUGCACUGUUUGCAUUUUUCACACAUGCCUGUCUUACCUCCAGGUAGAGGAACUUCAUUAAAAUAUUCCCAAACUGGGUCUCUUUUAUGGCCUGCUGUGAUUAUUGGUUUUCUCUUCUAGUGAGAGAAUGGUAAAGUAGAUCUCAAAUCAAUGAAGGCUACAAUCAGAAAGACCUCAAGACUUCUGGAAUAUGCUGCUCAAACAGUUUCACUUUUGUUUCUACUGCCUGUCCCUCCCUUUUCACAUUUAUCAUGAUUUAGUUGGGGAUUGGCCCUGGUUUGAGCAGGGGGUUGGACUAGAUGACCUCCUGAGGUCCCUUCCAACCCUGAUAUUCUAUGGGUCUAUGAUCUCCAGAUUCCUUCUUUAUCCAGAUCUAUUCCACUCCCAACAAUCUUCUAUUCAUUGAACUUUUUGCAACUUUGCACUUUUAGAGAGAGGUAAGGGAUUGAUUGUGUGUACACAAAUUUGCAGAGGGACAGUAGGGUUGAGGUCUGUUAUGUCUCACCUUUAUUCUUUCUUUCUUUUUCUUUCUAAACAUUUUUGCUGUUAACAAGCAUGUUAUCUCUGGAGCCACAAAUCCAUAGUUUGAGAACUACAAAACUAAGCGUCUCUGAUGGUAUCUUCUAGACUAAGCACUGAGUCCCAUUGGGUAGACAGAUUAACCUAAAUAAUCUAUACAGAACCCUGGAACCCUAUAAGAUUGGGUCCCUAAUCCAUGAACCAUUGGAACUCAUUUACAAAACUUUUCUUAAACGUUACAUGACUAUAUUGUCUCAUACUGUAGAAUUAGAAUUUAUAAUCCCUAUUCCAUGAUGAGAUAGUUUUAAUUAAGAUACAUUAUAGCUCAAAGCUAUCUUUAGAUAAAAUGCUUUUUGAGGGAAAAAAACCUAUCAAAAAAACCCGAUUUAAAUAGAAAAAAAAUAUGAUUUUUUUUAUUGAUCUACCCUACCUGCCACCCUCUGUACCUUUUGCAGGUCCAAAUGGAUGUAAUAACCUUUUAUACCAGUGCUAAACAGUAAUGUUAAAUUUCACUCCUUGCCGUGGCUGCACUUACAUGCGUGGUGGUUUACAUGGUGGUGGUUUACAUAAUUCUUUGUGUAAAGUUUAUACAAUACUUUAGUAAAAAUUUGAGGUGAUCUGGGAUCUAUAGGCUGAAAGCCCUUGUAUAGAUGCAAGAAUAUUGUGAUUAUACAUUACAAAUUUUUUUUCUUGCUCUUUGAUAUGCAGCAUCAAAGCAAACAAAUGCAAAUGACCAUUCUAAACCCUUCUUACAAGGUCAGUACAGGUUUAAAGUCUUUAACGUAUUACAGUUAAUGUAAGCGUACUGACUUGCUGCAGAUUGGCUUCUGAGGAAACUGGCUUCUAAACAGAGGGGUCUGUUAUUGUGUGUUGAUUGGAACUGGAUUGGUUUUGUUUAUCUUAGGUACUCAAGUGCCUUCCUGUCGGGUGCCCCUUUAUUUAUUUUGAAAUAAACACAAACCACCAUUCUGUUCUGUAGAUAUGAAAAUGGCAAAGUUUGAUAGGGCCCAUAUGUAUAAUUUUUUUUUUCAUAACCAACCAUCCAAAAAGGCAUCAACAUUCUCAUGUUCUAGGACAAACCUAAUUAGGAUGUUAGGAGCACACAAUACAUAUUGAGCAAUAUUAGAAAUUGUUUCUAAAAUUUAUGUUGACUACUAAUGAAUUUGAAUUUGUAUAACUGGGUAAAAACUAAUAACAGGGAUAACACUUUUUUACUCCAGACACUAAUCUGUGCCCCAGGCAUAAGCAUCAAGCCUCUUAGUUGUCUUCUGUGACCUUUCAUUGAAAAAUACAGAAUUCCACCAACAAAGGGAGAAAGUCAAUAACUGGCUGUGUUUACCUUACAAGGCGAUAUUGAAAAUUUGGAAGAGUUGAUAAUGGGAGAUAAUUUGCUAGCUCAAAAUAUUAUUUCUUCUUUAAUUUUGUGGACAAACAUACUUCACCAACAGGCUGGUCAAUAAGCUGCUUCUCCUCCUGUGUGUUUGGUGUUUGGUCAUUUUAAAGUAACAAACAUUUGCAGAACUUAGUGUGAUGCGUUCUGGGAGUAAGGACACUACACUGUAAACCACAAUAUUGUUAGAUCAGUAUUUGGCUUACUAUAUCUGAAAAACCUCCAAAACAAACAGCAUGCCCAAAAGUUCAGAUGAUGAAAUAUAGUGAUUGUUGGACUUAAAUAACUUUAGUACAUGGGAGAUAGAGAGAGGGUUAUAAAAAGACCAAAAAAACCAAAACACUCACAAAUGCGUAUCCUAGAAAGAACAAUGCAGAACACUCACAUUUGUUAGAAUAUAAUCUCUGCAUUGUUGGAUAGCAGUGGUCCCUAAACUUUUCAAGUCGUGCCCCCCACAUCCUGUCUGUGCCUUCUCCCCCAUCGCCUAUCUCAGGAGCCACUGCUGGGAAUGGGGCCCUGGGGCUGGAGCCGAGGCAGUGCGCGGCUGGGAGCAGGUCUGGAGCUCGGAGUGGAGCCACAGGGCCGAAGCUGGAGGCGGAGUGGGGAUGCAGCUGGGGGUGGAGUGGGGCUGGGUGGUGCUCCAUCCCUGCCUCUUGUGGUGGCUGGCCCAGGCCCAUCCAUGUCCCCCCAAACGUUCCUCCGUGCCCUGGUAAGGUGGCUCAUCCCUCAGUUUCGGGACCACUGUUUUAUAGGUUUAUAGAGAGCCAAUUUUACGAAGUGAGACUACUCAAAUAUUGAUAGCAUCUUUAUAAAAGUGAUGUGUCUAACAAUGAAUUGUGCUAAAUAUUACAGCUAACGUUCAAUAAUGGGCUAAUAUUCUACACUGUCAUUCUUGACUAAUUUAUGCUUUUCUCUAAAAGAUGUUUCAAGCAAUAUUUUAUAGGUGUAUCCCCAUAUCUCAAGCUUUGGUUGCUUUCCUAUAUUCAGUAAUUUUGAUUAGGGAGCAGACAUCUUGGUCUAAAUAAACAUUUCUUUCUACACAGAUGAUCAUGUAGUAGUCUGACUGCCUGUCUCACAGCUGUCAUUGUGAGGGGUUUGCACAAAUGCAUUGUACCUCCAUAUUUAGGGUACUUAUAUUUAGCUUCAAUCACAAAGCCUUCCCUGUAGGCCCAUAAAUAACCUCAAACUGUUUUUACAGGCCUUUGCUAUAAAGCCAGAUAUCCUCUGUACACUGGCACUCCUCUCCAACUGGAAACCAACAUUUUAACAGAUGAUUUCCUGUUAUUACUGUAGCAGUAUCAAAAUCUGAUCACUUACCAAGCAGCAUGCUGUCCAAGAAACUGAAGCAAGGAGUGCAGCCAGCUGUUUGUUUUUCAAGUGUUAUAACAUUUUAAAGAAUUGUAUGUUAAGUAGAUGCCCAGAGUAGUACUGUCAGGGACAGGAGGUGGAGCUAGGAGGCCACCUGUGUUGCAUGAUGAUCUAUUGCAGCCCAGUCAGAGCAGCUGAUACUCUAUUGUCCCUAGCAAUUAAUAUAUAUGAGUAGAAAGUGGAGGGAAGGAUCUGUACUGGUUCAUUUGUAAAAGGUGAACAAACUGCUCUUUAUUUUGUUGAUUUGUUAAUGAAACAAUAUAGAAAAAAUGGUGACGUCAAACAAGAUGAAACCCCAUCUAUAAACUUGUUUUGCUUUUUAAAAAAUACCGUCUAGUAAUUUGCUGCAUGUGGACCUGAUUAGAGCUCACUGAAAUCAAUGGAAAAACUCAUUAGGUUCAUUGGGCUUUGGAUCAGGCCUCUCAGCUUCAUAGAGUGAACGUUCAUUUUUAUUUGUGUUUCAUUCAUUUUUUUGCCAUAACCUUUAAGUCUCUGUUUUCAAAUAUGGUUGCAUUCCUGGCUGGGAACUGUAGUUUUAGAUACAUUAAGUAGGCCUCAUAGUUCUGCUGUAAAUUUCAUGUUGACCAUACAAAAUUAGAUUGAUGCUCCACAUCUAAGGAAAUAAUGAUUUUUAAAAAGGUGUUAUUUUGUGCUAGUGCACUGUCUUCAUGUACAAUGAGAGAGUGAUCAGAGAUUCCAUUAUGGCUGGAAAUUUUUGAUCUGAGGCAAGGUAUCAAAAACAAAUCCUGAAAUUGAGGUUAGGUUACGGUAUUCUAAGCAAUUUACAGAAUUGCCAACUGAGUGUUGGUGGGAGUUAUGUUUUUUGAUGAUGCCAUUCUUCAGACUAAACUGUGUAACAACAUAUGGCUUUUUUGUAAUUUUAGCUGGAGUCUUGUAUUUUAUUUCUUAUUGAAAGCAGGCAACAGUUAAAAAAUAAAAACAAAGUCAUAACAAAAAUAAUAGCAGUUGACAAAGCAAAAGGAAAAACCAUAGGGAGCAGUAGGGGGUAGUUUACAUAUACUCUAAUAAAUUAAACUAACAAGACAUAUGCCAGUCAUCACCUUGACCACUGUUCCUGUAUCUUUUACUCCUUUCCUUCACCCUUCGCUUAUCUUUCAUCAUCUCAAAAUUUAUAUUGGUCAGGAUAGAUAUUGUAUUGGGAAAGAAGUGAAUACAUUUUGGGUACUAUUGUAAGAUUGGAAAUUUAAGGUAACACUGGAAGGAAAGACUUAAGCUUCAGCUGUCCUAAGAAAUCAUUAUUGGAAGUCCUAAGAAUCUCUUGAAUUCAAAUGAAAAGGAGCCCUUAAUUAAUUUAAUGCCUGUUGUGAAAUAUCCCAGAAGUUAAAACUAGAGCUGGCCAAAACUAGUGAUUUCCAGUUGGUGGGAAUUUUAAUAAUUCAAGCUUUUUCAUUCCAAUUUGGAAUUAAACCAAAUUUUUUAAAAUAAAAAUUGUUUUGGAAACACAGACACAUGGAAAUCAGUUCCCCAGGACCAUGGCAACAGCUGACUGACAUUCCUGUCAGUUUCACCGCUGUUGUGCAGAUGAAGGUGUGAAACUGACAAAGAAUGUUUAUUUCACUUAGCAGCUACUCAGACCCCCAGGGUAUGCUUCUCUAGGGCAGCACUAUGACACAAGGACUUCCAGUCCAGCAGGCUUCCAGGGUUACCCACUUGGUAGUUGGGUAGCCCAGAGAGCCAGCCGGACUACAAAUCUGGUAAACCAGAUCUGGAAACCUUGGAUGUGGAGUGAUGGAUAAGCCCCACCAUGCACCAUAGACUCUGAAAGCCUGGGCUCCCAGAAGCUUGCCAGAGAGUUAGUAGGUAACUCACAAGAACGUUUUGUUUCUGACAAAAACAUGUCUGUCAGACAAGAUUCCAGGAACCUUGCAGGUGAAUCGAUGAAAAAUUGGUAAACGCAAUCUGUUUUCACAAAACAGUCCGGUUUGACAAAUCAGCAUUUUCUGACCAGCUCUUGUUAAAACAUUUCCUGCCAGCAGGACAGAGUAAAAAAAGCCUUUAAUUUAACUAAAAAGUGAUCUCAUUUUUGUGCACAUGCCACUGAGGUUUGGGACUUGAGACUAAAUAAGCUAAAGACUCACCAUCAGUCAAUUCUCACAGGAGGAUGCCUGAUUUAACACUUCAUAGAAUCAUAGAAUAUCAGGGUUGGAAGGGACCUCAGCAGGUCAUCUCGUCCAACCCCCUGCUCAAAGCAGGACCAAUCCCCACCUAAAUCAUCCCAGUCAGGGCUUUGUCAAGCCUGACCUUAAAAACUUCUAAGGAAGGAGAUUCCACCACCUCCCUAGGUAACGCAUUCCAGUGUACUCAUCAAAGAGAGUAGGAGUUGAGAGCUUAACUGGCAAACAACUUGUGUUUAGGCUGUAUCUCCACAGCAGUUAAUUCGUGUAUAGAUAACUCAAGUUAACUUCCCUUGAAUUAGUCUAGUUCGAGAGGGAGCAGCCAACUUCAAAAUAGUAUUUAAACUGCACAGAGUGAUUGUGUUACCAGCUUAUGAGUUGUGCUAAUUCAGGCUAUAGUCUAUAGCCCCUCAUGGACCAGUCAACAUGAGUUAAAAGCACCAACACACUUGAGUUAAAGGAUUAUGUGUGUAGAUGAAAAGUUAUGGAUCACCCUCAGUUUAUAAAAAGAAAAGGAGUACUUGUGGCACCUUGGAGACUAACAAAUUUAUUUGAGCAUAAGCUUUCGUGAGCUACAGCUCACUUCAUCGGAUGCAUGCAGUGGAAAAUACAAUAGGGAGAUUUUAUAUGCACAGAGAACAUGAAACAAUGGAUGUUACCAUACACACUGUAACGAGAGUGAUCAGGUAAGGUGAGCUAUUACCAGCAGGAGAAAAAAAACAAACAACCUUUUAUAGUGAUAAUCAAGGUGGGCCAUUUCCAGCAGUUGACAAGAACGUGUGAGGAACAGUAGGGGGGAAAAUAAACAUGGGGAAAUAGUUUUACUUUGUGUAAUGGCACAUCCACUUCCAGUCUUUAUUCAAGCCUAAUUUAAUGGUGUCCAGUUUGCAAAUUAAUUCCAAUUCAGCAGUCUCUCAUUGGAGUCUGUUUCUGAAGUUUUUUUGUUAUAAUAUUGCGACUUUUAGGUCUGUAAUCGAGUGACCAGAGAGAUUGAAGUGUUCUCGGACUAGUUUUUGAAUGUUAUAGUUCUUGACUUCUGAUUUGUGUCCAUUUAUUCUUUUACGUAGAGACUGUCUGGUUUAGCCAAUGUACAUGGCAGAGGGGCAUUGCUGGCACAUGAUGGCAUGAGAGUCCAAAGAGAAUCACUUAGCAAUUUAUUUUUAUCAGUAUUAUUUGUAUCAUAUGAUAGCACCUAGAUGCACCACUGCGAUUGGUGCACCAUUGUGCUAGGCUCUGUACAAAUGCAUAGUAAGAGACAGUCCCUGCUCUAAAGAUCUUACAGUCUUGCUGCCGCUCCCCAGCUGUACAACAGGAAUAAUACUACUUCCUUUCUCUCCACCUUUUCUACUUAGGCCCAAUCCUGAAAAGAUUUACGCGCAUACUUCAUUUUAAGCACAUGAAUAGUCCAGUUGAAAUGAAUGGGACUAUUCACAUGCUGAAAAUGAAGCAUGUAUUAAGUCUGUGCCGGAUCAUGGCCAAAAUGAAAAAGGUAGGCUACAAGUAGGAGGAAGGAAGUGUUAUUAUCCCUGUUUUAUAGAUGGUGAGCUGCAGCGCAGGGAGAUUAAGUGACUUAUUUAAACGUACACAGGAAGUCUGUGGCAUAGCUGGAAAUUGAACCCAGAUCUCCUAAAUCCCAGUCCUUUCUUUCCUGUGAAAUAAAUUUUCUACUAACAUUAUAACUCUAAAGGCUAGUUUUGCAGUAAUGGAGUUUGGUAUAUGUUUCAGACAUAAAAUGCAUUUUAUUUUCGUGUUUCUUGUAUUGCAUUUUGGUCCUUUUAAAAUAAAUACUGUUGCAUAAAUUGUAAUCUUAGUUACAUUAGAAUAAAUCUUGAACAGUAUAAUUUAGUGACUUCACCUGGUUUACUGAAUAUUUACACCUGUGUAACUCAGAACAGAGAUUGGGUCUACAUCUAUAACACUUAGAGCAUGCUCUAUCAGGGAGUCCAUUCUUGACAUACAUCUUACAAAUGUAUACCCGUCACGUGGACAUUACUCCUUGUCAUUUGGGACAAACGGGAGCAUUUGAAUCUUUUUAGAAAGAUGAAAAUGUAGGUGAAUUAGUCUUAAUACAUUAUGCUGAGACACGGCUUAUGACUCACGCUGCCCUUUUAAGGAUUACAGGUCUGAUGCUGAGUUCCCACAACUUUGGUGGGAAUUGUCGGAAGUUCACAGCUUUCAGACACAGUUUCUGCCCACACAGAUGUACUUGCCCUAAGGCUGAAGGUGCACGUGGUAAUGCCUUCCAAUAUAAGAGUGAGGCUCUUCUCAGAUGUCUGUUGCUGCAGAAGCAAGGUGUGGAUGUGCAAGGUUGCUGCAGAAGGAAGAUAGGAUAGAGAGCAAGAGUUCAAAACAGUGGUAAUGGAGAGGCGAAACGGGAAGGUGGGAAUGUGAUGGGUUGACUGGGAUUGCAGGGGAAGUGAGAGCUUGCAGCAGCAAGAAAGGCAACUGCAGUGCCUCAGAGACUUGAGUGACCAUUCCUGUUUGAAAAGCCUGAUUUUUUAGAUUUUCAGUUCCCAUGGAUGUCAGCUUGAGUUGAGAUGCUCAGCACAUCUGACAAAUCAUGUUCUAAGUUCCUUGACUUCCAGCCGAUUACGUUUUAGCUUUGACCUAUAGAUCCAUUCUCUUCCGAGUGCAUCAUGUAUGUUUGCAUAUUUUUCUUUCAUAUGGACACUCCUACCUAUCAUUUAGCAGCAUUUAGUUCUCAUAGUUCUUGUUAAACUUUAUUUUUCUAGAUGUAUAAACCCUCCCUGUCCCACCUCACUACAGUACUGUGCAAGCCUUGGUCAGUGAGGUACAACAGGAAGCAAGCUUUCACAGCUCCAAACCAGUGAAAAAUUGAAACUACUGUAUUGUAUUAUUUUCAUUUUGUUGUCAUCUUCUGUGACUUUCAGCAUUUAUCUGAUCUUGGAAAGGAAGACACUGACAAGGGUAAUUCAGUAAUAAUUGUUGCAGAGGUAUUUCAUGCACAUGAGAACAACAGGAGUAUGACUAGAACAUAUGUAAAAACAGUUCUGUCUGUAAGUGGUAAGCUUGAUAUUAGUGCAUCUGAAACUUUCCAGAAGAUCUGUCAUCACACCUUUGGUUAUCUACAGACAGCUGUGGGAUUUUUAAAGGCAGAUAGAGCACUUCUUCCUGCCCUUCUUCCCACACACGAAGCUGUCUUUUGACAUGCAAACUCACACCACUCUUGAGAUCAAGAGUGCUUUUAGGAUUGCAGCUGUUUGAAGUGUGAAUUGUCCGUCAUUGUUUUUACAGGCACUUCUGAAGCAAGGUUGUCAGUUUAAACACUUAUUCUUACCCUGGUUAUCCCUACUUCCUCCUGACCAGUAAUUUCACCACAGCAUUACAAACAAACAAACAAACAAACCACAAUGAGGGGCCAAACUGAAGCUCUAUAUCACAUUUAUUUUGUGAGAGACACAAGAUAGGUGAGGUAAAAUCUUUUAUUGGACCAACUUCUGUUGGUAGAAGCUACAAGCUUUCAAGCUACACAGAGCUCUUUCUGUGUGUAGCUCAAAAUCUUGUACCUUCCACCAAUAGAAGUUAGUCCAAUAAAAGAUACUACUUCACCUACUUUGUCUCUCGCAUACUGGGAAUAACUGGGUAAACACUGUAUUUGUUUUAUACUUCUUUAGGAUAUUAUGCAAACUUUAUUUUUGUGGGAGUAGCACUGUGACCUUAAAUACCACAGUGGUGGGAAUAACAAACUUAGAGAGCUCCAUGCUCAGCUCUGUUAAAAAUCAGGCCACUUAUUUAGGUGCCUAAAUGUGAACGUAGGAACCAAACUUUAAGCACUCCCUUAUCAAUAUGUUGGCCCUAAUACUUAUGAAGUAUCUGAGACAGUCAGAUUUUCAGGGCUGUGUAAGUGUUCAGUGUUGUUAUUAUUGGCCAGAUUGUCCUCUCCAGCAUGAAAAGCUUAUUUUGUAAAAAAAUUCCACAAGGAAUCCCUCUUGGGGUUUGCUCCCAAGUGUUAUCUUCUGGGAGUGGUUGGACACUUUCUGUGGAAAAACCACUCAAAAUUGGAGCCAUGAAGAGGCACUAUACCCUUACACACACACACACACACACACAAUCAGUACUCCUGGCUCUGUCUUAAGUAUGGCUUCAAUGGAGUGGUGCUGGCAGGAACCCCUUCUGGCUGUUGCUUCCCAGGUGUUGUAUCUGGGGAAAAGUUCCUAUAGCUUGGGCUCUAUUAAGCUUUCCAUGUAAGUUUUGUGGGGCUCCACAAAGUCGGGGUGGGGAGGAAGAGGAAUGGUACCCUCCUCCUCCAUGGAGAGAGAUCUGUUUCUGUAGAUCCCUCCACACCUGGAUUCCUCAUUGUUAUUAAUACAAAUUAGAGAACAGGGCGAUUGGUGAAAUUCUUUGAAAAUAUUAAGUUCUAUGUAAGUGCUAUUAUUUAUUUCAUUAUUCCAUUCAGAAACGUUCCUACAGAUGUGAAAAUAUUCUGGGUAUUAUUCUUCUGGAAAGAAUUCUGUUAAAUUAAUUAGCUAGGUCCACAUCAUCCCUUAUAGAGAAAAGUGUUAUUUAAAGAACGGGAAACAACAACACAGAACUCUCCUCUUUGAUGUUUCAUUGGGAUGGUUAGGGUUAAGUUAUGAAUCUUUUAGGCGUCGAUUCAGCAGGUCAUCUUAAUACAGCAAUGCACUUAAGCACAUGCUUGUGUUUAAGUGCGCUGCUGAAUAGGGAUGGACUUAAGCAUGUGCUUAAAUGCUUUCCUGAACUGGGCCAUGGCCAUCAAAAUACAUAUCAAGUGGUCUGAGUGACAAGAUAUCAUCACACAUGAUUUUACUGUUUAAAAGAAUAGGCAUAUUAAUAAUCAUCAUUCCUUACUCUUAGAAGUGAAUCAUAAUCUUUCUCUCUUCUGUAAAUGACAACCUCAAAGAAAUAGGAAUUAAUUUGUUCCAACAUUUAAAUACCCAAAUACUAAAUGGGCUCACUCCAAAAUGCACAUAUUAUUCUUGAUCACUAUGUAUCUUUUAGAAAUUGUUUGAAUUAUUUAAAGAUUUUUCAACUAUUAUUUGAAAAACUGUGCAAAAAUGAUCAUUUGGAUUAGCUCAGUUCUUUAAAUGGGAAUUAGCACAAUAGAAAAUGAUAACGUAGGAAACAACAUUUAUUGGUCUAUUUUUUGGAGUUAAUAUUAUGCAUGUUGCUGUAUCAGUGGUCCUGGUAAUUUUCACAAGUUGUCAGCACGCCUGUGGCAGUACAGCUAAUGAAUGUUGCAUACUUUUUAAUGUGUGAAAAAAUUGGGACAAGGUUAUGGCUAAUACAGUUAAGCUGAACUGACUUCUUUGGUUUGGACUGUGUUACAUUGCCUUCGAUGUAUUUUACUGACCACAUAGAUAGUGGUCAGUAAAAUACUGAUAUUGAUAUUUCACCAUGUUUUAUAAAAUGGUACAGGGAGAGGUUAUCUUCUUCUACGGAGUGGCUGUAUGGAAGAAAAUGCAACAGCUAUUAUGCUGUCUUUGGUAGCCACAUAUGAUUUAACAGGAAUAUGCUUGAUCUUUUGUCCUCCAAAAAGUAGAUUAAGUGACUCAGUAAAUGUAACUUUAAGAUACUCCUUUGUGCUACCCUGUUAAUACGUACUUUGAAUGCACCAUGAAACCAAGUGCCCUCAGCCACUUGAAUAGCACAUACAUGAACAAGUAAAACAACCUUGGAAUGUCUUAAUACCAUUAUAAUUUUUGGCUCUUGUUAAAUGUCAUCCUGUUAAAACUUAAAUUGUUAAAUGUUAUCUUUGGUAAUUAAUUUUUUUCUCAUUUUGAAUGUGGCCAGGAGAGGAGGAAAUAGCAGUUAACAGGUUGUUGUUUUUUUCAAUUUAAAUGAUUUUAUUUGCAUUUUUGUGUUUCUCUGACUUCAUUAAUCCCUCUUUUCCUGUAGAUUGCUCUACUUCUUCACCAACAACUUGAAGUUUUGCUUUUCUAUUAGAAACUCUAAACUGAAAGCUGUUUUAUGAUAACUUUUAAUGAUCACGAAUAGACUUGAACAAUGGAGCCAAACCCUCUGAAACUUUGGAGGGGGAGGUUCAGGUUUAGCUCCAAAGUUCAUGGUUCAGGUCAUCUUCUACUAAUGAGCAGGAUUCUGAUUAUAAAUUCAUAGACUAUAAAGCCAGAAGGUAACAUUUUGAUCAUCCAGUCAGACCUUCUGCAUAACAGAGACCAUAGGACUUUCCUGAAUUAAUUUCUGUUUGAACUACAGCAUAUCUUUUAGAAAAACAGCCAGUCUUGAUUUUAAAAAUGCCAGUGAUGGAGAAUCCACUACAGGCCUUGGAAAAUUGUUCCAGUGGUUAAUCAGUCUUAAAAAAGGUGCCUAAUUUCUAGUCUGAAUUGGCUUCCACUUUCAGCCAUUAGAUCUUGUUAUAUCUUUAUCUUUUAGAUUGAGGGGCUCUCUAUUACCAUGGUUCUGUUACUCAGGUAGGUACUUAUAGACUAUGAUGAAGUCAUUCCUCAACCUUCGCUUUGAUAAACUAAACAGAUUGAGCUCAUUGAGUCUAUCACUAUAAGGCAUGUAUUCCAAUUCUUUGAUCAUUUUCUCUCUUCUUCUCUGAACCCUUUCCAAUUUUUCAACAUUCUUCUUGAAGUGUGGACAGCACAACUGGACCCAGUUUUCCAGCAGUGGUCACAUGAGAGCCAAAUACAGAGGUAAUAUAACCUCCCCACUCAGUAUUCCCCAGUUUAUGCAUCCAAGGAUCACAUUGCCCUUUUGAUCACAGCAUUGCACUAGGAGCUCAUGUUCAGAUGUGGUAGAGCUUGGUAGCCUAUGACCAGACUUCUAAGUUAUACUCAAGACCUGUUCACUCCAUGGCAAGCUGGACCUCUUUGGUGGAAAUUCUGUAGCAGCUUCCGGUAAUGGGAAAGAAAGAGGUAUUUAAUUGACUAUGAAAAUGAAUAAUAAAAUUAGGAGAGUACUCCCUUUGAUAUUUAUUUGUGCUGCCCCAACAUGUUCUGCUUUCAGUAAACCACACACUUGUGUACUGAUAAUAAAUAAUUGCAUAAUAGCCGUUGUGUUAUAAUUGGAAGCUAGAAGAUCAGAUGUUCAGUCCUGUUAAUAUAACGUACAAGUGUAACAAUGGCUGGGUUUGAACUGACUUUUCAUUUUUUCCUGGAUUGCCAUGUGUGGUCUUAAUCUACACUGCCGCAACACCUAUUACAUAAGCUAUAUCAGUUGUGCUCUGGGUCAAUGAUACAGAGCCGUUCUGCAAGAACAAUAACUUCCCUUUAUUUUGUAUUUUGUAUUAGUAUAAUAUAUAAUGUAGUAUUUUGGAAUAUCACUGUCCUAUAGGCUGUAGCCAUGUCCUGUUUUUCCAGAUUACUCCCCAUUUUUCUGUGCACAGUGAAUGAAAGGGGAACCAACGCAAGGUCUAUGCACUUCUUAAAUGCCACCUAAUCCUUCCAGAUAGGCCCUUCUGUGAUGCAUAGGCCCUGAGAUAGCUCCCUGCUCUUGGGUGACUUUCAGCCAUUAUGACUUGUGCUCAGCUGUUGUGCAUUACUGCCUACUCAUGGGACAGCAUAUUAGGACUUAAUUGCUUUUGGAUAAUUUGCCCACUUAUAUUAAGCACUCAGAGCAUAUUCCACUUUUUUCCAUACUAUGUGUCGUCCAACAGAUGGGGCAAUUGGGCCCAUCAAAUGUAAGACUGCUAAACUACUAAAUAUAAAUAUAAAUAAAAUAAAAUGCAGUAUAAAAAGUGUUCCUGAAUACUUCAAAGCUAUCAGCAAAAAUCAGUUCUUAGUAGAGGCUUGUGUGAUGGGGUGUUCACCCCAAGCCACCCCGGAAGCGGAAGAGUAUAGUGAUCUGGCGGGAGGGCUAAGCCAUGAAGAUGGAGUAGCUUUAGUCUCAGGGAGUGAGAGAGAGAUAAAAGGGCGAGGAGCACAAGGGUGGGCCACCCCAGAUGUGGCCACCAGGAGGUGCCCCUAGCAGUGAGUAGAGUGCCCCAUGACACCAAUCUUUAAAGUCAAAUGAAAUUGUAGAGGAAACAUUGGGGAUAGCUGAAAAUGAUUGUCUAAAGACAAGCAUUGCCUGUUGGAAGGAUUCCAGAUGCAGAUUUCAUUGUAUUAACCAAGUGUGAAGAAGAGUAACAGGAGUGCCAUCCACUCCUGUCCUCUUUUCAGACUCUGUUAGCAAAUUUUAAUGAACACUUAAGAAUAAAAAAGGGGCAGGAGGUGGCAGCAAGCGCAGAAAAAGGAACUAACAAGAGGCAUACUUAUGUAACAAAGCCUAUCUCAUGGUCUUUCACUGUUUGAACCCACACCUUCCAACACCCCAUCCCUCCCUCUGCUUAUUGGCUUUCCAUGUGUUCUAUGUCCAAUUUAGGGCUCUCAUUGGACUCAACUCUAAACUCUCAUUGAUGCCAGUGAGAGUAAAACUGGGCUUUCAGAUUGUAAUUCCUUGGACAGAGAAGCUAUCAUUUUUUUUAAAAAGAAAGUUGUCUCUAACAUACCCUGCACAUAUGUGAUGCCAUGUAAAUAAUCAUGGAAAGGUAGGCCUGUAAAGGACCUUGAGUGGUCAUCUAAUCCAUCCUACCAUGCUGAGGCCGGACAAAGUAUAUCUAGACCAUCCCUGACAUAUGUUUGUCUAUCCAGUUCUUAAAAACGUCUGAUGAUGGGGAUUCCACAGCCUCCCUUGUUAACUUAUUCCAGUACUUAACUAUCGUUAGAGUUAGAUAUUAGAAGAAACUUUCUAGUCUAAAUCUUCUUUGCUGCAGAUUACUUCUUGUCCUAGCCUUGUUGGACAUGGAGAACAACUGAUCACUGUCCUCUUUGUAACCGCCCUUAACAUAUUUGUUAAUGUAACUGUUAUCAGGUCCUCCCUCAGUCGUCUUUUCUCAAGAGUUUUUUUUAACCUUUCCUAAUAGAUUAUGUUUUCUAAAUCUUUUAUAUUUUUGCUGCUCUUUUAUGGACUCUCCAGUUUGUCCAUAUCUUUCCUAAAGUGUGGUGCCCACACAUACUCUUAAAUAAGUUCAUACAGUUUAAUGGCUCUGAUACUUUUCAUCCAAGCAUAACAGAGGAAGGGGUCCUUAUGGUGGAUACCAAUAUGCAGAAUACUGAGAUGGGGAGUGUUAGGAACCUGGCUAUCAAUAUUCAAAGUUCCAGGAGAAGAGAUUAAUGUAGUUGAAAAGUCAUUUUCACCACCACCUUCAGCUUUAAAGUCCUCACCCUCAGUUGACAGUUGCUUUCUUGCUGUCAAUUUCUAAGACAUGCUUAGAAUGUAUCAGCGAGUAGCACUUCAAUUUCUCCUUCCACAAAUUGGUGUUAUGCUUAAGUAAUGAGGUUAACAAUCCUUUAUUUGCAGCAAUAGGAUAACAUGAAUAGGUUUGGAUUUUUUUUCACAAUAGAUGUUUGCUCAGUAUCAGCAUUUCCACAGAGAGGCACAAAUCUAACGUUCGAUCUGGAAACAAUCUCUCUCCAUUUCUUCCUGCCUCCACUGGAUUUGCAGCCACAGUACUUUAAGUAUUAACUUACAAAGUGCAAGGAUAGUAUUCAAUAGAUUUUGAUACAACAUUAGGUAAUUCAGAUAUCAGGCAACAUUUCCCGUCCAGCUUUAACUGGGCGCACAGACAACUUUUCAGGAAUAAUUAACUCCACUUGAACGUCGCAGUACCUGAAUGCAACUAAAAGUAGUUACAUGCCUAAGGGACUUUAAUUAAACCCACAGGUAAUUAGAAGUAUAAAACUGCACUUGCAGGUUCCUAACCAGAGGCCACUUUUUGAAAAUCUGGUGCUAGUAUGAUGGAAGAAACUCUGUCUCCGUGAAUGCCUGAAAUGUUUUGCUUGCUUUUCUGUUUAAUUUUUUGUCUGUGUAAUGUUCAGCCAUUUAUUCAAUCUGAUUGACUAAAACCAAUGUGUUAUUUUUAAUAAAACAGUGAAAUAUA